CUGCCGCACCAGGACUGCGGACCGCUCCGAGACCAGAACCGACACCUCGACUGGAUUAUCCAUCAGGGAUCGAUCGCUGUGAUCAGUCGGCGGGGAUGUCCCGGCUGCUGGAGAGCAGGAAGCAGGACAAGAUGAAGGAAACCAACAUGAAGAACAAGGAGAAGCAGCGGCAGAAGCAGCGGGAGAAGGAGGCCCGGGAGCGAGAGAAGGAGGCCCGGGAGCGGGAGGCCCGCUCCAACAACGGCCACCUCUUCACCUCUCUGACCGUGUCGUCCACCACCCUGUGCUCGUCCUGCAACAGGAGCAUCACGGCCAAGGAGGCGCUGAGCUGCCCCGCCUGCAAUGUCACCAUCCACAACCGCUGCAGAGACAGUCUCGCCAGCUGUGCCAAAAUGAAGCAAAAGCAACAGAAACUGGCUAUAGCAAGAAACAGCUCGGCUCUCCAGAACGUGGCCAUGCGGACUAAAACACCCAUGAUGAAGGAGCGACCCAGCUCUGCCAUCUAUCCCUCCGACAGCCUGCGCCAGUCUCUGCUCGGCUCCAGGCGGGUCCGGUCCGGACUUUCUCUAGCCAAGAGCGUUUCCACCAACAACAUUGCUGGGGUCAGUGAGGACACAGUGGGCCUGCGGAGGAUCUUGUCUCAGUCCACGGAGUCAUUGAACUUUCGUAGCAGAACUCUGUCCAUGGAGUCUCUGACAGACGAUGGGGAGUGGUGGUGGAGCCCCCUGCUGGAGCAGCUGCAGCAGGAGGGCAGCAGCGUGCAGGCAGACAGCUGGAGCACCGUGGUGGAGCCCACCUUCCUGCAGACCCUUCACAAGGAUCUGAUCAAGCAGCAGGAUGUCAUCUACGAGCUGAUCCAGACAGAGUUCCAUCACGUGAGGACACUGCGAAUCAUGGAGGGAGUGUGGCGGCGCGGCAUGCAGGAGGAGGUGAUGCUGGAGGCCGGCGUGGUCCACUCCAUCUUCCCCUGCCUGGACCAACUACUGGAGCUGCACUCAUCCUUCCUGGCCGAGCUCCUGGCACACAGGAAGCAGGGCCUGCAGGAGGGCAGUGCCACCAACUUUGUUGUUCGGAGGAUUGGGGAGCUGCUGCUGCGACAGUUCUCGGGUCAGUGUGCAGACGACUUGAAGAAGGUUUACUCCGAGUUCUGCAGUCGGCAUCCGAAAGCUGUGAAACUCUACAAAGAGACGCUGAUGAGAGACCGACGACUGCAGCAGUUCAUCCGGCGAGCGUGUCGCGGGCCACUGCUGCGCCGCCACGGCGUGCAGGAGUGCAUCCUCCUGGUGACCCAGCGGAUCACCAAGUACCCCGUCCUGCUGCAGAGAAUUCUGGACAACACCAAAGGUAACGAAGAGGAGGCGGAGUCGUUGCGUCAGGCUCUGGUGCUGCUGAAGGAUCUGAUCAGCUCUGUAGACAAGGAAGUGCUGGAACUGGACCGGGCCAGGAGACUGCAGGAGAUCCAAGCCCGUCUGGACCCCCGGGCGAUUGCGGAGGUCCGUGGAGGUGGGGUUUUCAAAGGGGGGGAGCUGCUGAGGAGGAGGCUCCUCCACGAGGGAGCGCUGCAGUGGAAGGUCCAGGGCUCCAGGAUGAAAGACGUGCAGAUGCUGCUGAUGUCAGACAUCUUAGUCUUCCUGCAGGAAAAGGACCAGAAGUUCGCGUUUGCCUCACUGGACAAAUCUCCAGUGGUUUCACUGACAAACCUGCUGGUCAGAGAUAUAGCCAAUCAGGAGCGAGGGAUGUACUUGAUCAGUGACUCCUCCCCCCCAGUCAUGUACGAACUGCAUGCUGCCACCAAAGACGACCGCAAAACCUGGAUGAACCGAAUCCAGGAGGCAGCACUCAGUUGCCCGUCCAGAGACGAGUUUCCUCUCAUCGAGACUGAAGACAAAGCUCUACUGCGACGACUGAGAGCGGACAUACAGCAGAAGGACAGAGAGGUGCUGGAGCUCCUGCAGGAGCGCGUCACUCUCUUCUCCGACCUGAUGGAGGCAACGGUUGGGGGAGCAGAAGAAGGUCAGGACGUCACUUCCUCCUCCAAACCCUCGUCCACCAAUAGGAACAUAUUCCGCGCAGACACUCCCCACGCACCACAGGCCGAGCCAUUGCUGACCACCGCCAUCUCUGAAGUGGACAAACUGAGCCAGCUGCUGUCUGGCGCCAAUGUCCAGAAGACCUCAGUAACUGACAGCAACCAGCUCAGCAAUGGAGACUCUGGUUCUCUCAAUGGUUCUGUAGACCUGAAUGGGCCAUCAAAGGACAGGAAUGGGAACCAGGUGCUGGACCGCGCUCUCAACCAGGAAGUCUGUCGGCGACUCAUCAGCCUGAGCACGCAGCUUCAUGCUCUGCAGGCUGCCGUGAUCCGUCAGGACUCGGUUCUGGAGCUGUGUUUCAGGACCGGAGUUGCUCCGGGCACUGCCCCCGGCCCCCGCCUCAGCCGCUCCAUGUCUGGGGACACUGGUCUGAACCCGGGUGAGGCGGUGCUGCUGAGGCGGCAGGUGGAACUGCUGCAGGAGGAGGUGACACGGCUCAGGCUGAAGGGGGAGGGGCAUCAUCGUGAGGAGGUGGAGAUGGGCAGCCGGCGGCGGAGCAAUGGCGAGCUGAAGGAUGUGCUGAAGACGGAGCAGCAGGGGGGCAGGAGGCGGGGCAGCAGGGAGCUGGAGCUGUUUCCUCUUGCUCCAUUGGCCGCUCAAGAGCCCGUCGACCAAUUAGAUGGUGUCCAGGAGGGAGAUGAGGACGAGGAGGUGGUGAGGAUCUCGCCUCGCUCAGACAGUCCCAGAGACCUGCAGGAUAUUCCUGAGGAGAGCGAGUGCGGCACUGAGCCCAGUUAACCUGCUGUCGCCCGGUGAUGAUGUCACAAGACACUUCAAGGUCCAGGACAGGAGGUGAUGUCACUUCCUGCUUUUGGCUGGAACUCUACUGAAGCUGAACAUUUCUGUCCCGCUUGGACCUGAAACUGUGGGCGGGGUUAGUGUGGUGGGUGGAACCUGUGGUGAGUGACAGUCGCUCUUUAAUCAACAGUGUUGUUGAGUUUCUCGUUCAUUUUCACCACAAAUGGUGACGAAGCCAAGAGGAGAGCAGGUGGAUGACAUCACAGGGUUGUCGCAGAUCACAUGACUGCAGGAGGAUCCCACACCGUAGAUAAACCGUGGCAUUUGAAGUCUCGAUUGUUAUGUAUAUUCAAGGAGCCCAGCCAUUCACAGAAACUCUGUGUAUCAAGUGACGGAUCCGCAACCGCACUGGAAUUUGGCUGCAUCUCCAGUUUGAUUUGGACUUUGAAGAAUUAAUGAGCACUUUCCUGAAGUCAGACUUGAUGGUGAGUCUGCGACAUGAGUGGUCCACUCGAGCGUCCACCUGUCCAUCAAAACACAUGCUGUCCUCUCCUCUUGAUGAUGUAACGCCUUGGUUUAAAACAGACUGAAGACUACACUACCCAGAAUGCCUUUGGGACACCUGGCAGCCAUGGCAGCUGCUGGUGGCAGUGGUUAAACUGUUCCUAAUCUGCUGUAAUCUGUAGAUGUUUUAUAGAUUUAUUAUUAUUAUUAUUAUUAUUAUUAUGAAUCUGAGGUGGCGUUGGCCGCAUAUUUAUACGACUGUAGACGUAGUUAUCUGUUCAUAGACUGAACACACGCUGACUCUGGGACUGUCUGAGCGUGCCUCCUCCACUGGAUGGGUUUUAUCAGGACGACGUUCCUCGUGCAGCUCCGCUCACUUCCUGUCAGGACCUAUAAUCGGCUGAACUUGUUCUGAUUGUGUCUCAAAAGGGCCUCAUGAGGACCUCAGACGCUCAUGUUGUCUCUUUCAAAGCGUUUGUUCCCUUCUGGGCAGGAAGAACUGGAUAUCCAGAGUCAAAACAUUUCAUAGCAACACUCACAGUGACGUGUCCUCUGACAGUCUUGGACAAAUAUGGUCAUUAUGGCAGUUGACACUGUGCCACUGUCACCAUAGCAACCACAAAGUUGCAUAAUGAGUUGCAAUAGAAGUCACCGAAGAAGCAUCAAGGCUGUCAGUUGUCAGAAAGGGAAGUGAGAGAGUCACCAAAGAAGACACAGUUGACACCCAGUCAACGGUUGCCUUGACACCCAGAUCACAGUGGUCUCAUCUGCCUUGGAUGCAGUUGCCAUGGAGACAAUUACCAUGAAAAUGACCACAAGGGCAACGUGGAUCCAGAAAAAGUUGCCAGAAGACACUCACUCUUGCCAAAGACACACACUCACGCACACACAGAGGGACAUUUAAACCUGGACACACACAGAAUUGCAAACACACAACACAUGUUGAUGCUUCAACACACACAGAGACAGAGAGCAGGCGACUCUGGAGAUGCCAUCUUACCAUGGAAGCGUCCUCCUCCAUUGUUACUUGUCGUGUAGUUUUAAGCUCUAUUCUCCUCGGUCGCCUCACAGUCUCUUUCAGGGUUUUUCAGUGUCCUUGAACGUUUGAUUUCACUUUCUAAACAUUUCAUUAGAAAUAAAUAAACACGAAGCAGUGCCACCUGCUGUACAGAUGUGUGAACUGCACAAAAACAAGUCGCGUGACUCUAUUAGCAUUUCAACAUGAGAACAUUUCAGCAUGCGUUUUAAUGAGUUCCGAAAAGAUGCCGAUUCUGUUUUAAAUGACUGGAGAUGACACGUUUGUCACGAACUUGAGUGAAUCGUUCUUUCAAAUAAAGAAUCAGGGUAAAAAAUAAACGAGCCCGGUCCGGACCGGAGGCCCGCUGUAAUUCAGAGACGACAGUUUGAUGUUCAGACUGAGCCGAGAGGACCAGAACCUUUGCUGGACUUAAGAACUGGCCUGAGACUUAAUGUUACUUUGCAGCAUGAGACGUUUGUGUACAAAGGUUUGACCGUCAUAAAUGAAGAAACAUGUAAAUGAUUUGCGCUGUCAAUUUACUGUGUGUGUUCUUUAUAAAUCUAACCAGCUGGACACAAACAUGUGGUCUCUGUCUCCACGAUCAUUCGGGUCACACCACAAGGUCUAUAUUUUGGUUUUGAAAAGGACCGUUGUCACCUAUCCGCCUUUGUCUAUUUUCUCCAUGGUGAGUUUUUCUACGAUGACGUGUGAUGGAAUUGUUUUUUUUCUAAAUUCCACUUUUUGGAAGUUUAUUACUUUUUGUAUUGUGUUUUCCCUCUUUAAUAAUGUGUUAUAUCCUUGGUCCGCUGUUCUGAGAGUUCCUCUUCUUGUUUUUUUCUUUUUCUUUCAGGUUUUACCUUUGAUCAAUCUGUAUUUUUUUUUCUGUGACUUAUUUCACAUUGUAGACAAACAGUAGGUUCAGUCAGUGCGGAUGAUACUCCGGUUGGUUUUGGGUACUGCGUCAGAUCCAUGUCUCAUCGACAGCGUUGAAGUAGCGGUCGGUGGUGUUUCUUUCUUUGCUUGACAUGGAAUAG